AUGUCACUCGAAAAAGCAGCACUUGAAAUCAAACGUAAGUCAAACAGAAUGAGUAAAAAUGUUUUCACCGAUUUUCCUGUUUACACUGCUAUUGCGUACAUCAAAAAAAAAGAAAGAAAUAUAUGAAAGAAUAAACUAUUAAAAAUGAUUUAUUGCAUAUUUCAGUCAGAUUUCUGACAAGAUAUGUCACUGAAACCUAUAGAAUGAAGCUAUGAAAGGUUUUUCUGUGAAUCUCAGAAACAUGAGUUUAUUGAUUAAAGGCAAUCAACACAAUGUAAUUAAGAUAGUCUUCGACGUUUUCUAUAUUUGACUUGUUUCCAAGUAGUGACUGUGCAUGUACGAUUUGGUUUGGGUAUUAGAAUAAAAGAGUAGUUCACAUUCACAUCUACAAAAUUAAAUAGAUUUAUUUGUAACAAUACAUUCACAAUAGACUUCUGCGUGACCACGAUUUUUCAGUCACGUCACGUCACGGUC